AUGGUUGAAACAGCCAUCGACGAACACAGAGUCUCCUCUUUGAAUCAGGAUGAUAAAGAAGUGUUGGCUCCAAAUUCUGAUGCUACAGCAACAAAUCCCACAACUGCAACAACAGCUACUCAUGGGAUUGAAGUAGCAACAGAGUUUAAACCGGUUGAACAUCCGGUCGAGCCUCUAGACAAUGAUCAACCGAUUCAAUGUCCAUUGCCUGAACCAUCCAUUCUAAAUGAUGGAAGAAUCUGGAAGGAGAGAGUCUCGGCGUCUAUGAGGAAAAAAGGUGAUUUGCAGAUUGCGAAAGAUGAGUCUGCUGCUGAAUCCGAUGGAUCCGCCGCACCAAAACCGCCACGCCCGAGCCCUUCUAAUCGUUCGAUCUUGCCAUCGCUCAGUGCACCUGAACACAACUUGCUAAAUCUACUUGAAGAAUGCAAUGCGAUGCAGCCAGUAACAUCUAGGAACGGAUGA